AUGGACGCCUUAUACAUAUACGCCGAAACGGGUCAAAAGUUGGUGGAACAGAUUUUCGCAAAUGACAUAAAUGCGGAAGCGACUCAUGUAGUAAUUAGAGAUAUAGUAUUGGGUAGCAAUUCCAUCGAAAGAUUUAAAUGCGCCGUAGUGAGCAGUGGUAAUGGGGAAAGAAUAAUAAGAGAGGCUUUCGAAGGGAGAUUCAUUUUCAUCACUAAGAAGGAUGAUCUAUAUUUUGUAAUUUUAAAAAAGGAUGAAAAUAAUCCUGUGAUGACUGUAGAAGUGAUUAGAGAAAUUAUGGAACUUUUUAAAAAAUAUUUUAGGAUAGAAAAACUGAGUGCAGAUAUCAUAACGAAUAAUUAUUCUGUUGUUAUUUUUCUCAUUAAUGAAAUAAUAGCACAAGGAGGAAAGCCAAAUAUCUUUGUGGACGAAAUUUUAAAAAAUUUGGUCGAGAGUAAUUCUGGACUUCUUAAUGAGACCUUGAAAUAUACGCCUGUUGCGAACAAUCUGUGUAACCUGCUUGCAUUGAAGAAAAAUGUUGCAGGAGAGAAUGUGUUGAACGGUGCGAAUAUCAACCCCAGUUACAGCAAUGGAACUGCAAUCCACUGUAGGGAUAGCCAAAAUGUCUUUUGGAGAGCAAAUAACGUUUGUCACAUGCAUCAUCAGAUGUGUGUGGAAAUCAGAGAAAGUGUGAAUUGUGUCUUAACUAAGAAGAACAAGAUAAUUCACUUUGCUAUUCAAGGGAACGUUAUCGUGGAUUGUUCCAUUAAUGGGUCACCACUAAUUAAAAUGUCCUUUAACAGAAGAAUAAGACUUCCUUUAACCCACCUACAUUACACUGUCAAUUAUAAUAUGCUACUUAGAAAGAUGUUAUCUCAUCAGAACGCAGAAAAGAACGCUUUCUAUUUCGUACCGUUGAAUGAGCGCUAUAUCGUUAUGCAGUACCUUUAUUACUUCCCCUUGAAACAGAAGGGAAGGGGAUUGCAGUCAAGAAGUGUAAGCAGUUCCGUGUCCACCGCUCCGGAGUUAACGAAUGUGCUGAAUUUAACAAAUGGCAACUCCACGCAGAAUGUUCCAUCCGGAGGGGAUAAUAAAGCGCAAGAAGGAACAAACCCGGUGGGUAGGAAACACGAUGAAGUGACGACUGAGGGGGGUGGUAAAAAGGAAGACGAAGUGCAAAAUGAAAAGAAGGAACUUUCCCCAGCGGAGGACCGGUUUAAGAAAUAUAUGGAAGAAAACAAUAGACCAGUUCCUGAGGAGUCUUUACAUAGCAGUAGUAGUCAUGUUGUGAGAUUUGCACCAACCGAUGAAACUAUCCCAAAGGUGGAGACGCAAAAUGGAAAUGCCCAUCCGAGUAACGACAAUAAGGAGACCAUCCUAAUUAGAGAUACGCUACCUAGUGUAGAGAACAAUGAGCAGUACCUACUACCCAUAAAGGUUAAGGGGGUUGUAAACUAUAUGCCUAACGAGUACAAAUAUACGAUCAAACUGCAGCUUCUCUUGAAUGACAUACACAGAGGCAGUCAUAGCGACAUGCGAAUAAAUGGCUAUGAAAAUAUCUCUGUAAGAAUUCCAGUGUAUAAUUUCAUAAAGUACGUUAAUGUACUUUGUACAGUAGGAAGUAUAGCAUACAGCGAAAAUUGCAAUUCUGUCAUUUGGUUUAUCGACAGAGUGGAAAAUGCUGACAUUGACCUAUCAGCUGAGUUGACCCUGUUCAUACAACCAAAACCAGAUGGAUUAUUUCGUAGCCAUAAAUAUUACUAUGAGAAGUUUAUAAGAUGCAAUAAUGACGAGAACAUCAAUGGCCUUCCGGAUACUUCCCGAGGGAAUGGCAUUUCAAAUUACUGCUAUCAUGGGGAGAGUGCUAGAAACUGUAAGAUCAUGAGAAGAAGCGAUAAUUCUAGUAAUAUUCGGGGCGAAGUACGUAUUUUCCCAAACCGUUUGUCUAAGUGGUACAAUAUAGAGACUUGCUCCUACCCUGACUUCGUUUUCCCAGUGUAUGUCUCUUUUACGGUUACGGGGAUAACGGCUUCGGGAAAGCGUGUAGUAGGAGUAGAGUUGAAGAGACCCCAAAAUACGUGCCUGCACACGGUGUACAGGUACAGCACGACCUACAACCAUGUAGAAUUCAGAAUAUAG